GUUUCAUUGACAGAUUUCCAGUUAAUGCUAACGUGUCUAGUGAGGUGAUUAGUUAAUGUAUAAGUGGAGGAGAUAUCUACCGCUAUAACUAAUAGGCACUGAGUUAAAGUUGAUUGCCCUAGGAAGACCAUUUAGUGAAUGUUCUUCUAGCAAUGACUAAGGAACGUGGAAGAGGCGAUCUAUCUCAGUUGGAUUUUGAAGAGAAACAAACCAAAGCGAGUAGCAUAACCCCGUCGUAUAUCCGCACGGAUGCAGAUCUGUGUGAUACUCCAAUUUCUUAUUUCCAGUUGUUUAAAUUCUCCACUAUAUGGGAUCAACUUUUGACCGCGGUGUCCAUUUUGUUCGGAAUAGUUGCCGCUGCAGGCUUUCCUUUCGCAAUAAUCGCGUAUGGUGAAUUUACAGCGCUCUUAGUCGAUAGGACGUCUGUAAAUGGAACGUUGACUAAAACCAUACUUUUGUCGAAAUUUGGCGGCGGCAGAGUGUUAACCAAUGCAACACCAGAAGAAAAGAAGAAUGCUAUAUUGGAGGACUCGAAUGCCUUUGGAAUUGCAAGCUUCACGAUUGGUCUGAUUGAAUUCCUGUGUCUUACAAUAGCAAUGGACUUAGGCAACUAUUCAGCCUUGCGACAGGUAGAAACAAUUCGAAAACUAUUUUUACGGUCGGUAAUCAGACAGGACAUAUCCUGGCAUGACACUUUUACUGGCAACAACUUUGCGGUUCAGCUAACAGAUAACUUGAAUAAGAUAAAAGACGGCAUCGGAGAAAAGCUGAUAUUCUUCAUUUAUAUUCUGGGUUUAUUCACUAUGACUGUUGUGUUCUCUCUUUUUCACGGAUGGAAGCUAACAUUAGUAGUGCUCAGUUGUGCUCCUCUGGUUAUUUUCUCUACUGCUUUCAUGGUCAAAUUACAAAGUUCGCUCUCCGAGAAAGGAAUGGAGGCAUACUCUUCGGCAGGAGCAGUUGCAGAAGAAGUAUUUAAUUCUAUAAGGACUGUACUUGCAUUUGGCGGAGAGGAAAAAGAGCUACGUAGAUACCAAGAAAAACUUACCCCUGCCGAAAAGAGUGGGUUCAAAGCAGGACUUGUCUCCGGAAUCGGAGGAGGAGCUAUGUGGUUCUUUAUAUAUUGCUGUUAUGCCCUAAUAUUUUGGUAUGGUGUUUCCUUGAUUGUUGAAGAUCGCUACGAAGAGAAUAAGUUGUAUACUCCGGCAUUGUUGAUUACAGUUUUAUCUGGUGUUAUGAUAGGAUCACAGAAUGUGGGGUCGGCGUUACCACAUAUUGAAACAUUCGCUAUGGCCCGAGGAGCAGCCAGGACAAUUUUUUCGAUAAUAAUUAGGCAACCGCUCAUUGAUCCAUUAAGUCAAGGCGGCUUAAAACCAUCGAAUAUUAGAGGCAAUAUUAAUUUUGAGAAUGUUCUCUUCAACUAUCCUGCUCGCAAUGAUGUCGAAGUCUUACGAGGAUUCACUUUGACUGCGAAGGCAGGUCAAUGUGUCGCGUUGGUUGGGCCUUCAGGUUGCGGAAAAUCAACUUGUCUACAACUUCUACAAAGAUUUUAUGAUCCGAAGAGUGGAGUUGUCCGCUUAGAUGGGAACAAGAUAACUGAACUCAACACAAACUGGCUGCGUUCCAAUAUCGGUGUAGUAGGACAAGAGCCUGUCCUUUUUGCUACUACUGUCGGUAACAACAUUCGCUAUGGGAAACCAGAUUGUACUCAAGAAGAAAUCAUCGCAGCUGCAAAAAUUGCCAAUUGUCACGACUUCAUAAUGAAACUUCCUGAAAAAUAUGAAUCAAUGGUAGGAGAGCGUGGGGCGCAACUUUCAGGAGGCCAGAAACAACGAAUUGCAGUCGCUAGAGCUAUAAUUCGGGAUCCGAAAAUUCUGCUCCUGGAUGAAGCGACAUCUGCUUUAGAUCCAGUUUCUGAAAAAAAAGUACAAAAAGCUUUAGAGAAAGCUAGUGAGGGGCGAACUACUUUAGUUGUAUCGCAUCGAUUGUCAACUAUCACCAAGUCUGAUAAAAUUGUAUUUAUUCAAAAUGGUAUCGUUCAAGAGGAAGGUACGCAUUACGACUUAAUGCAGCAAAGGGGUCUGUAUUAUAAUUUAGUGAAGGUUUCAAAAUCUGAGGAACCUGAAUCUGAGGAAGAACCAAGAAGAAGUAAAGAAUCUCGCUUCGCUUCCAGUUCCUUGGAGGAUGAUGAUCUCGAAAAAGACUUAAUGCCUCUAGCUUCAGAAAUGAGCGAGCCAGUAGAUGCUGCAACCAGUGAAAAAUAUAAAGUAUCUAUCAUGAGGUUAUUCAAAUUGAAUGGACCAGAAUGGAAAUUUAUAGUAAUCGGAUGUUUGGCUGCAAUUAUCCACGGAGCUACACAACCAGCAUUCGCCGUAAUUUUCGGAGAAUUCUAUGGAAUCUUUUCCAUUGAUGAUCCAGGAAUUAUUUGGUCAGAAUCUAUUCGUUUCGUAAUAUAUUCCCUCAUUUUGGGGCUUAUCGUUGGAAUCGCAACAUUCUUACAAACUUUCUUGUUGAACAUUGCUGGAUGUCGGUUGACGACAAGACUGCGAAAAUUUACUUUUAAAAACAUUCUUUCCCAGGAAAUGGGUUAUUUCGAUGACCAAAAUAAUUCAGUUGGCGCCUUGUGCGCCAGGCUAUCUGGAGACUGUGCGGAUAUACACGGGGCUACUGGGACGCGAUUGGGAGCGAUACUUCAAUCUAUUUCAACAGUGGUCAUCGGAGUGUUAGUGGCCUUCGUAUUUUCAUGGAAGCUGGCUUUAGUUGGACUGAUCACCAUGUCUCUUAUUCUAGAAACUGUAGUUUUCGAAGCAUACUACACGGCGACAGGUGACGCUCAAGAAAAGCAAGCCUUAGAAAAGGCUUCACAAAUAGCUGUUGAAGCAAUUUCUAAUAUCCGCACGAUUGCCUCACUUAAUCAGGAGAAGCUAGUCAUUAAACGAUACACUAAGCAAACUGAAGCAUGCUUCCAUGCGUGCCGUCGAAAACACCGAUUCCGUGGAGUUUUAUUUGCAUUCGGUCACACGGUAAUGGUUUGGGCUUAUGGGUUGGUAUUGUGGUAUGGAGGUAUGUUAGUAGCUCAGGGAGAAUUGCAUUAUAAGGAUGUUAUAAAAGUGUCAGAAGCCCUGGUAGCCGGUGCAUGGUUUUUGGGUCAAGCUCUUUCAUUUACACCUAGCGUGAACGCGGGUAUGAAAUCAGCCAUGCGAAUUCUCAAAUUACUGGACCGAGUUCCGAAAUUAUAUAAUCCGCCAUCAGUUCCAUUCAAUGUUGAAUCGAAAAUUCGGGGUAAUAUUAAUUACAACAACAUUUACUUCCGUUAUCCUACUCGUCCUCACACUCCGGUUUUACGAGCCCUAAAUCUGACAAUACCGAAAAGUAGAACAUUUGCUUUAGUGGGGCCUUCAGGCUGUGGGAAAUCAACAUGCAUACAACUGCUGUUACGUUAUUAUGAUGCUGACGAAGGUGAAAUCAACCUUGAUGGAGUCCAAACGACGAAUUUUCCUAUAGAAAAAUUACGAUCGCGCUUGGGGUUAGUUUCCCAAGAGCCUGUACUGUUCGACAAAACAAUUGCUGAAAAUAUCGCCUACGGUGAUAAUUUUCGGGAGGUGUCUAUGGUUGAAAUCAUUAAGGCUGCAAAAGACGCUAAUAUACAUGAUUUCAUCACAAAUCUUCCAUUGGGUUACAGAACGUCGCUUGGAGCUAAAGGAACUCAACUUUCGGGCGGACAAAAGCAGCGCAUUGCGAUUGCGCGUGCCCUUAUCCGAAAUCCGCGGAUAUUGCUUCUAGAUGAGGCUACAUCCUCUUUAGAUAUUCAAAGCGAAAAAGUAGUGCAACGCGCAUUAGAUACUGCCCGCAAAGGACGUACAUGCAUUAUAAUUGCUCAUCGCCUGACAACAAUACAGAACGCGGAUGCGAUUUGCGUCAUUGAGGACGGUGAAAUUGUAGAAACCGGAACUCAUAGAGAACUUUUGGAAUUAGGGAGGAAGUAUGCGAAAUUGCACGCAAUGCAACAAAUAAGUUAACUAAUUUAUGCUAGCUUUAAACUCAAUUAUU